GUUUUUCAGUACACGGUGUCAAACACGGAGGAAACAGGAACAUACAGAGCGGCUUGGAAGCACAAAUCACUGCUGUUGAGUACAGGAGGGGAGCAGGGAAGGAGUUGCUCCAGAACGGCAGCCGGGAUUCCUUACUGCAAAGGCCGGGACUAGAACUCUGGCCGCCGGGUGGAGACGCAUUCACGACCCGGUACCUCACGAGAGUUUUUGUUUGGCCGGAGCGAGGCAGAGCAAGUGUAACGGAAAGGGUGACAGGUGGGAAGAUGGAGACCCCAGGUAAACUUUUCUUAAUGCGUGGCAGAAUGACAGACAGACUGGCACCCAGAGGGACAGACAGACAGACCGAUCGUAAUCACAUACAGAGCAUCACGCCAAACUCCCUUUAAAAAACACUGUUUCUUUUACAGUGACGAGUUGCACAUCUGAAACGAUCUUAUACUUGCGUCAUAAUUUAGUGGAGAGUAGUAAAGUACACUAUUUUAACUCUGCAGAUUACUUUUGAUCGGAGAUAUUCGAUCUGCCCUGUUAUCACCCCUUUCGAUAAGCUUACUAAAACCGUUGACCGUUAUCGACCGUUACACGAUGUUCUUCAAACGUUACGAUAUUUGAACCGGUGACUGUUUGCUCUAACUUUGAACAUGUUUUAUAACUUGAGAUGUAAGUAAGUUAAACCCAAGAAAACUACCAAAUUUCUGCUUCUAAGUCGGGCCAAGAAGUUGACAGUUUGCUCAACAAUAACAAGUUUCAACAUGCCUGCCAUAUGGAAGUAUUUUAAAGGGUAGUAGUAAAGACAACAGAAAUGUUACUGAAUGUUUAUUGAAAGUCAUUAUUGUAGCAGAACCAAAUUGUCUUUAUUUGUGUCCAUUGGGUCUAAAAAUCUUUUGUCUGGCAUUAGCAAGAUCAAAUUUUGUAUAGGGAUGCACCGAUCCGAUAUUUGAAUUGGAUAUUGGCUCUGAUAUUGGCAAAUUAACUGGGUCGGAUAUCUGAUGAAUGACACCCAUCCAGCAUUCCGAUCUAGUAUUUUUUUUCUUUUGAUAUCAUACACAGCAACACAGCGAUUCUGUUCGCUCUAUAUUCUAGGUCUGUCUAUCCUUUUGCACUAAAUGUUUACAUGGAAGUCUUACUUCUUUUUGAUGUGUGCUUAUGUGCAAUUUAUUUGUUAAUAUAUAAUACUAAGUAAAUUUAUAUCUGUGUUAAUUUGUUACCUUUAAUAGCCUAUAAAACAAGGCUAAUGUCAAGUCUAAUGCCUUCACUCACACGGCAAGGUUUACAGGUCAUUUAUUCAACAGUAGUAUUGGAUCGGUAUCAGAUAUCGGCCGAUAUGCUCAGCCCAGGUAUCGGUAUCGGAUUGGAAAAAAAUGGAUUGGUGCAUCUCUAAUUUUGUAUUCCUUAUAUUGUAAUAUCAGUGGAAAAUCUAAUAGUAAUUUUUCUUUUUUGCAGUGUGAACAAGUUUGAACGAAAGUCAUCUAGGGUAGGGCGAGCUAGCACACCUUCGAAACCAUGGUUGGGACAAUAUUGAGUUUGUCAGCCAACGGGCGCAUCAUCGCUGGCCUACUGGUCAAUCUAUUCUCCUCUAUCUGCAUUGUCUUCAUCAACAAGUGGAUAUAUGUACACUAUGGGUUUCCCAACAUGACCCUGACCCUUGUUCACUUUGUGGUCACCUGGCUGGGACUCUACAUCUGCCAAAAAAUGGACAUUUUCUCUCCAAAAAGCCUGCCAAUCAAAAGGAUUGUAUGGUUGGCUUUGAGCUUCUGUGGGUUUGUGGCCUUUACCAACCUUUCCCUGCAGAACAACUCAAUAGGAACAUAUCAGCUGGCUAAAGCCAUGACUACACCAGUCAUCAUCCUCAUCCAGACCACUUACUACAAGAAGACCUUCUCCACAAAGAUUAAGCUGACAUUGGUAGGAAAAUUUCAAGAAUUCAAAAGCUAAAUCUAACUCUUUCUUGGUGCAGACAUAGGUUGGUUUCAGGAUUCUUGUAGAAGAUUUUAAAGUUCAUGGAUUUCCGGCAAAUAAGCUUCAUUUCCCUUCUUACUGAAGACAUGUAAUAAGCUAAAAUAGGCAAUUAGAGUAUUUUAAAUCCCCACUUGUCUGUUUUUCCAGGUUCCUAUAACACUAGGCGUGAUACUGAACUCAUACUAUGAUGUGCGGUUCAACCUGUUGGGGACAGUGUUUGCAACAUUGGGUGUGCUGGUGACGUCACUUUACCAAGUGGUGAGUAAAUGCUUAAAAUAACAUAAAAUAUCUUAGAGGCGGCAGUUUGAAAUAAAUAAACUAACCCUGAUGUCUGUGUGUCUCUCAGUGGGUUGGAGCCAAACAACAUGAGCUCCAGGUGAACUCCAUGCAGCUCCUGUACUAUCAGGUAUGACUCAGCAAUUGAUCUAGCAGUACAAGGUCCACUUAAAGCUCAAUAUUGUCUGAUAUAGAGUCUUAUCAGUUUACUUUUUUUAAAUUAUUAGUGUGCUACACAGUAGAAGUAGUAGUAGUGUUGUUUUACUAUAACUUAGUCAAUUCUGGCUCUGAUGAUGAUGAUGCUGCGUAUUUCAGACCUUGACUUGAACUUUUGCCCCAUUAUUUGGUUCUGGACUUGGUCCCCUUCAUUUGGGACCUCAUCUCUGAUGUUUUGGCCUCUAUGUGGGACUGAUUCAGGACUUCUUUUCCUAGAUUUGAGACUUAAGAUUAGAAUUAAUUGUUCCAUUUUAGGACUUUUUAAUAGGAGUCAGCGUUUUUGUUUUUUUUACUUAAAAUUUCUUGGUUUUAAGUGAGAACUUGAUUGGCACUUUUUGAACUUGACUUGAGACUGUCAUAAGAUUUGUUUACUUUCAUUGGGGUACUGACUAGGGAAUUGUUGGUCUGUACUUGAAGGUCAUUUCUCAAUUCAGUUCAGUUCAUUCCAGAGUUUUAUUGCCUUGUCAGCUCAACAGUUGAUUGGAACUUCCCCCAGUGUGGUUAUCGUAAAGUACAACAACAAAAAAAACACAAGAUAGACAACCUUUGUUGUGCAAAUAAAUCAAAGAACAAUAAGCAUAGAAGUGUAGUAUGCAAUGACUAAAAUUUAAGACAUAAAAUCAAGCCUAAAACUGAAGUUUAUUUAAAAUAUCAAUUGCUGAUGGGAAAGCAUUGAGUUUGAAGGAUAAAGGACAGAUUCCAGUAUAUUUUAGACCUGAACUGGAAAUUGUUCAGUUGAAGGUGGGACCCGUUUUUAGCCUCUUUUUGCGCAUGUUCAUAAAUCACAUCAUAAAAUGACAGCAGUGAUAACACAGCGACUGUCUCGUCAGGCUCCUCUGUCUUCAGGCUUCCUGCUCUGUGUCAUUCCUGUGUUCGAGCCGCUGACUGGAGAUGGAGGAAUAUUUGGACCCUGGUCUCUGCCGGCUCUGGUCAGACUAAUGUGACACACAUUUCACUGUUAAAAUACUCACUUAACAGAUAUUUCUCAGCUAAAAGUGCUUCCUUUUACUCCUUCAAGGUGACAGUGUUGUUCUCAGGUGUGGUGGCGUUCCUGGUCAACCUGUCCAUCUACUGGAUCAUUGGAAACACCUCAGCUGUCACGUAUCCUUUGAUGCAAGUGCAAAGACCUGUUAGGGGGGGUAUUAUGGGUCUUGAGGAGUUUUAAGUUCUAUCUUAAAAGAGGUUUAAAAUUUUGUAAGAAGCUUUAUGAUAAUUAAAGACAUAUUUCAGAAUUUCUUGAGUAGGUCUUUUUGGUGAAUUGAAGUGGUGGAAAGUUUCUUUGGUGGUUUUGGUUUUCUGAAGGCGUUCUGGUUUACGAGGUUGGGUUUGAGGGCUACAGUAAAUGCGUUCUGGUCUUGCUAAAAGGGUUACAAAUUCCUCUGAUGCUUUCUGCUCUUCCUGAUGGGGUUGUUUGGAGAACAACCCCUUCCUUCUUGUGGAGGAGGAAGUUUGAGAUCUUUGAAGGUUUCAAGAGGUUUGAGGGCUCGGUGAAACACUCUCCAAUCUUACUGAAAGGUUUCAGAGUUUCUUGAGAGUUUCCAGUCUUCUCAGGAGAUUGCUAAGAUGAAUUUUUCAUGUGUUGUUGUCCUGACUCUAGUUUCCAGCUACAACAUGUUUGGUCACUUUAAAUUCUGCAUCACUCUGGUUGGAGGAUAUGUGCUCUUCCACGACCCGAUGUCACUGAACCAGGUGAGUCUUGCUGAGCUGUUCUGAUGCUCCAAACUCUUCUCCCAUUGUCAUUUCUACCAAACCUUUAACUCUCAACCUGUCUGUCUGUCUGUCUGUCUGUCUGUCCGUCUGUCUGUCUCCUCUCCCACCUUCAGGCUCUGGGGAUCUUUUGCACCCUGGCAGGAAUCUUGUCUUACACCCAUUUCAAGUUGGCCGAGCAGGAGGAGGGGAAAAGCCGCCUGGCUCAAAGACCAUAGACUGACUCUGUCGGUCAACUGCACGGACUCCUGACAUUGGCUACUGGCUGUGAUGAACUUUUUUUUAUAAAUACUUUUUAUAUUUUUAUGAGUAUUUUUGCAGGAGAGUAAAGAAUUUAUCCUGGACAGGAGUAGAGGGCAUGUAAAGUCAUCAUCUGCUCAUCACGCUCUUUUCAUGGUUUAUUACUAGCAGGACUUUUGAAGCUUUCUUAUUUGACUAUAAAUCAAACAGUACCGCCUUUUUCAAUCUCACACAGGCUGGAAGCAGGAGGGCUAAUCAAGCUUUCUUCACUUUGUUUGUGUUUAUGGACUGGGUGACCUUUGAUAUAGCUGGUGGGAGUGUUUUCCUCCCAGUUAAUCAAAAGGAGACAAAUGGUGUCGGUCAACACAGGGUGGGCAGAGUUAGAGGACUGUUCAAGGCAUGACUUUCUAAUGCGGCUGCCGUGAAAACAAAGUAAAAGUGAUAAUAUCGUUCAAAUUAUUUUUCCUGCUUUGGCAGCUCACUUGAAAAUGUUCAGUAUAAAGCCUGAUCUGCUGUGUGUUUGUAUUCUGUACUCUGAGCAGAGAUGUUGUUGAGAAAGUAGAAAGAGAGACGGGGGAAAAUCAACCAAGCUUUUUGGAUCCUGUCUCUGGAUCCUGAACAGUCCUGUCAAUGUCUACUAUCUGCUCCAAAUCUCUGACAUGCAGCUGCUUUUUAGUUAUGAAUGCUUUUUAGGUUUUAUCAGCAGGAGAGUGGCUGUGUUCAAAUUAUUCUGUUUUUGUUGUUGUUGUUGUGCUGUCCUGUAGCUAAUCUAAACACACGAAACACUUUUUUUUUUUUUUUUUUUUUUACCUCAGCACUGGUUUUGUCUUACACAUUUCAUCCUGUCCACAUAAAUGACUUCAGCAGACACCUGCCACAACAAUCAGCCAGCAUUAUCCAAACCUGAUUUCAGUGUAAUCCAAAGUGCACGACUAAAACAGAAUGAAGACGUUAUUAGUGAUAGAAAGCUGACACUUUACCGAAUACUCAGUCAGAAACAAACCUGGGCUAACAGGGUUUAUUCUGUCAUCAUUUUCAUGUUUCUGUUUUGUCAUUAUUGAAAAGUUAAAUACUCAUGGUACUGCCAUCUCAUGUUUGAUAACAUCGAAAAGCAGGGAAAAAGUCUAAGAGUCAACUCAGGCUCUGUGACUUUGUCAUCAUGGUUGAAACAGACAGAAAGCUUUUAACAGUAAAUUUAAUAAUUGCAAAAACUCAUUCUGCAAUUUCAUGAAUGCUUACAAACUUUUGUUUACUCGCAGACAGUAUGAGCGGUACAAAAUGUUGGAACAACCGAGCCUUUGAACAAAUCUGUUAUCAUAGAUCAAACAGCAGUAAAAGUUGGUCCAUGAUUUUAAUCUUUGAGGUAAUUUUAUAAGUUUUCUUAUGUGUUUUUUUAGCAUUUCAAUUUAUAGAUUCAGUCUUCUUUUACUUCCUUUAUUUAAUUUUUACUCUUAUCUGUUGCAGUUUUUGUCUGAAAUUUAAAAGAUGGAUUAUUGUCAUUUUUUUUACAAGCUCACAAAGCCUAGAUUUACUCAUUUCAACAUUUAUGUCGUUUUAUUUCAAGGAAAGAGUUUUGAAUGUUCAUGUUCAGUCUUUGUCUGGAUGCUGUAUCGAGUGAAUUUUGGGAAAUAUAACAAAUCACACUGCAGUGAUCAAUCCAUCCACAGACUUGUUAUGUAUUUAAAGGUACGAUUAAAGUCUUAAUAUGUGUCAACUCUUUCACAUCUCAAUAUUGAUCGCUUUGUAUUGCCAAUUUGUGAACAGAUUGCAACAUGAAUUAAAAACCUACAUCAUCUCUGCUGACU